AGAUAAAUAAUAAAUGAUCUAAGAUUGAUGAUUAUUGAUGACGAAAAUUAAUAAAUGAUAAUUGUGAUCACGUGACAUACAGAAUGAAAAGGAAUACAAAAUGGAUUUUACAACUGAUUAUAUUGGGAAUAUGUUGGGCCCACGUCAAAUCUUUCGACUGGGGAAAUGACUUUCCUAUAAAAACGGAAAUUGGAUGCGACCUGUACCCAAUAGCACUCGGAUGCCCCGGAAGUGACGUCAUACAGAUUGUCACUGCAGAAUAUGGCCGCCAGAACACAGACACUUGUAUUACGUCCAGUGGGAAAAUGAGAAACACAAAAUGCUUUCUUCCUGAAGCUAAAGAAAUAGUAGAAAAUCUAUGCAACAAUCAGACACAAUGUUCCUUUCAAGUUUCGUCAGCCAACUUUCCUGAUCCUUGUCCCGGUACACACAAGUAUUUAAAGACAACGUUCAACUGUGUGAAAUACAUGUUUGGAUGUCCUGGAUCUCUGACUGGAAUCGGAUCCGAAAUCGUGACCGCAGUUGAAAUUCAACCUCAGUCUGGAACUUGGACGAAAGAUCCGCUUUCCAGUCCAGAUCACGUGUUUUUCAUGUCUUCCAGUCAACAAAUAAUACAGGAAUACCGGAAUUGGGAUGAUUUUUUGACGGGAAAUCCCUCAUAUCGGUAUAAUUUGCCUUCGAAAGCAGCUCUGGGAAAUAUUGUCGUGUAUGACAGGAAUUUAUAUUAUGUAAAGGCGAAUUCCCGCAGUAUCAUUCGAUACAGUCUGAUCACUCAGCGACGAACAAAAGAAACUGUUAUACAGGCAGAAUCUGGCAUCCCUCAGAAUCGGGAUAUCUCCUUAUCAGUAGAUGAGAAUGGAAUCUGGGUUAUCUAUCCACGACAAAGAGGCCUUAUCACUAUCAGUAAACUUGAUAAAGACCAACUAACUAUAUCGGAAACUUGGAACACGAAUCUUCGAAUAACUGAAUCUCUUCACACUUUUAUCAUAUGCGGAGUUCUAUAUUCUAUUAGUUCGUCAACUGGACAAAUAGACUAUUUCUACAACACGGAACUUAAACAAGAAAAACGCGGAAUUAAUGUUCUCUUUGACGCAGUCCGGGCACCUAAUUUUGCGUAUGGGAAUAAUUAUCGAAGCAAUUCUGGCCGUCGAUCGUUUCUUCGUUACAAUGCUACCUCUGUAGCUUAUAGUCCUCGAGAUAGACUUUUAUACGUGUGGGAUGAAAAUAAUGCCAAUGCUGUCUACUAUGGGCUACAUUUUGACGACGGGAAUAAGAAUGGCGGAGGUGGACGUGUUAAAACAACAAAAUCCACGUACACCACAAGGAUCCUUACGACACCUAAAAGGAAACCAACUACCAGAACUACAACAACUAGGCAUGCUAGACCAACUUUGGUAUCCAGUGUACCAGUACAACCGUUACCGAGUGUUGGAGAGCCAGAUGAGGAUUUCUUUCCACUUGUGGACUUCUGCUUCCCGACUACAAGAGGGAAUAUCAAUUGGCCUAAAACGAACAUUGGGCACACAGCGAUCAUGUCUUGCUCGGAUGGAUCCGGCGAAUUCGCUAUAUGGAAAUGCGUCCGUGAACCAUCCAUGCGUGAAGCAGCAUGGCACGUGGCAGGUCCUGAUUUGUCGAAAUGUAUCACGUGGGCAAAUGACGUGGAAACAAAAUUCGACGCAGGUCUCAUAGAUCGAGCAACUGCAUUCUCGACUCUCGCUUUACAAAUUUCCGAAAAAAACGAACACAGUGAAAAGUCUGUUCAACUUGCGAUUGAAUUGAUGAAGAAGUUAUUGGAAGACCCGGCGUUAGGAUCGGUGGAAGAAGUUGAAAUUAUACUCAAGUCGGUGACAACUAUUGCAAACAAGAUACUCAAUUCUGCUGAAUCAAUGAAAGACAUGAAUACGAAGAAAAAAGCUGAAAUUGCGGAUACACUGAUGAAUGAAGUUGAAAAGGCUGCGUUCCUUUAUGCCGACUCAGUUGCUAUGACACCUCCUGAUACAAGAAAUAAUGAACCAUUCAUAAUUGAAAACGACAAAAUGAUUGUUCAAGUUGACGUCAGGGAAAGAAAAUCCGAACCAAUGACGACAGAAUCUGUGACGUCAUUUCCAAGUGAAGAAUCCUGUGCUUUUGGCACGAAAAAUUGUGGUGAUGACGUCAUAAGAAUUCACGACUCCGAAAUUAUGGGACAAAAAGGCCUAGGUCCAGCGACCGUCGUUUUUGCGUUGUACCAAAAUCUUGGUGAUUUUCUCGACCAAUCAAGUGAUGACGUCAUCGAUGAGGUCACAUCGUGGAAAAUAGACUCCAAGGUCAUAUCAGCAACUUUUAGAGGUCAUGGAUUCCAGACAAAAUUGGAUAAACCUGCCGUAAUCGUGCUCCAACAUAAGAAGCCGUCACACCUGCCACACCGCUGCGUCUACUGGGAUUACUCGGAAAGCACAAAUUCUGGCAACUGGAGCGACACUGGUUGUCGAAUGAUAGAGAACAACGAGACCCAUACAACCUGCGAAUGCGAUCAUCUGACAAGUUUUGCAGUUCUUGUAAAUCACGCGGGAGUUACCAUGGCACCGAUUGAUGACGUAGUGCUUGACAUCAUAACGAGUAUUGGAAUUUGUAUCUCUAUUGUCUGCCUCGUAAUGUGCAUCUUUACGUUCUGUUAUUUCAGAAACCUUUACAACGAUCGCAACACAAUCCACAAGCACCUCUGCAUCUGCCUUCUCAUCGCUGAAACGAUAUUUCUAAUCGGAAUCAACCAAACGCAGAAUAAAAUUGCUUGUUCGAUCAUUGCUGGUUCGCUUCAUUAUUUCUUUCUUGCUGCUUUCUGUUGGAUGACAUUGGAAGGCUUUCAACUUUACGUCAUGUUAGUUGAAGUAUUUGAAGCGAACAGUUCAAGAUGGAAAUGGUAUUACCUUGUUGGAUAUGGCGUUCCAGCUUUAAUUGUCGGCGUGUCUGCUGGUAUCGAUCACGCAGGGUAUGGGACAGACAGUGUCUGUUGGUUGGAAUUCGAUUCCGGUUUCAUUUGGAGUUUCGCAGGUCCCAUACUAGUCAUUAUUCUACUAAACCUCGUUUUCCUCUCAAUCACUGUAUAUAAGAUGUACGUUCAUACGAUGUCGUUCACUGAUUCUGGAAAGAUAAAUUCAAUCAAAGCGUCAGUUCGUGGGGCGUCUGUUCUUCUCUGCCUUCUCGGAAUAACUUGGGCGUUUGGUUUCUUAUGGAUCAGCGAACACAUGACAGUCGUGGCUUAUUUGUUCUGCAUAUUCAAUGCAUUUCAAGGAAUGUUUAUAUUUAUAUUCCACUGCUUAUUACCAAGAAAGAUACGCGAGGAAUAUAAAAGGGCUUUCGACUCAAUUACAUGUUGCCAGAGAAUGCAACGAGGGACUUAUGCAAGUAACAGCAUGUCGUUCUCAAAGCGAUAUACACCCGAGAGGACGUUACCAAAUGGAUUGACUUGCCAAGCUAGUCAAAAUGCACAGAGCCAGCUUCAAAUAAUGUGGAAUGAGACUGUUGCACCAAAAGCUACCGAAUCAUCACCGAUGGCUGGUUCUAAAAUUUCAGCGAAUAUUCUUCACGACAGAGAUUCCAGCCGUGUUACGAUGGGCACGAGAGGUUUCUCUACUCGUAAUCUGCAACAAAAUCAUACACUGCAACAGGAAGACGAAGUAUUCCUUCCCUUGCAAUCUGAGUUCGAAUCCCACCCACAUCACCAAAAUGAGACAAUGUUACAAAACAGCCCGAAUGAAGUUUCGUAUGAUCGUUUACAACAUCACCGACACCAGGAGGCGCCAUUUUAUUCUCACCCGCACCCCCCACCUGGGAGAUUCCAUACCGGAAUACCACCAUCAUUUAGACAUUACAAUGGAGAUAACCGUACGUCUACGGUCGCACAGCACGACUGCCGUACGCACCAUCACGCUAUGGCCAACACCCAAUCUCAUGUUAACAACUUUACAGCUCAUAGUUCGACUCCAAGGCUUGCGGAAGCUAUCCAUCAAUGCGGAAAUGAACAUCAUCUAAAGCGCUACCCCGAACGACAAAGUAGUUACGAUGACAACAUAGUAAAUAGAAAAAGAGACUCUGGAAUAAGUAUAAACAAUUUACCACAAAAUUCGAUUCUACCUAAUAUGGAACACGAUGCAAAAAGGUCGCAUGAUAAUUUGAUAUACCAUGCCAAUGGUCCCAAUAUACCGAUCAUACAAAGGCAGUCUCAGUCAAUCAGGUUAGAGAAUUCACAACGAGACAUUUAUUCGCCCAGUGAUUCGGCAGCCAGAAGACUGUCUCAGCCAAUCAGAAUCGAGAACGAAAUUUUGUCAUCCAAUCAGAAUUGCCCAUUGGUAUCUUCGGACGACGAAAGACACAAUGAUUUACAAUAUUCAAGUUCGAAUACUCAAAGGUCCGAAGUGGCUCAAAAUUGCGCAGCUAGAAACAAUGUAGCAGGCAAUCGUACUAACCCUACAUCGAGACUACAAAAUGUCCGAAGAUGCCGUAAAUCGCUGAGUUCCGAAUCGGACGAUCCAAUAGUUACUGACUGCAGCAUCACCAGCAGUGCGGGUUCGUCCUUAGAAAACGCAUCUCCGUCCAUACAUACUUGCCAAAGCAUACAUGAAACACUUCCCAAAGAGCCGUAUUACGAAGAACCUAUUUGCGUUCACAAACGAAGGCUUCCGAAUCCACCUAUCAGCGUCCGAAAUCACAAAGAGCACUGGCAUCCCACAGCAUCGAUAAUUUCGGACCACAGCAGGGACGAAACCGACUUUGAAGUUGAAAGGUUAACUUCGGACGCAUGUGCCAAUGACUACGAUACAUCUACGGACUACCAACUUUCACCAUUAUCAAGUAUAGGACAUAGUGAUGGGACAUCUCGGUCCGAUUUUACGGACGCAGAGGAAAAGUUAAUUUCGGCCCCAGCUGGUUAUAGAACGGGUAUGGUAGGAAAUUCUACCUAUUCAUCAAUGCCCGUGAACGUUGGGGGCAGAAAUGUCCCUCAAAUGGGGUGUUUCGGACAAAACAUAUUUCCAAGUUCUCAAAAUAGCGUCGAUUAUACUCAAAAUCCAAAUACGUAUCUCUCAUGCAAACAGCCGAGCAUUCAUGAAGAUAUGGGCACGCGCAUGAUCACCAACUUAUGAGGGUUCACUUUGUCAAAAUCUGGAAUAAUUUAUGUGUUUCGCGCCUUUGCUUUAUAUAGGGCUUAAAAAAGACAGAUUGUGCUGUGUAAGAAACUAUGUUGUUUCAGUAGCUCUUGAUUUGUUCAGCGUUUGCCACUCGCUUUUGCUCAGUGAUGAGUCUACUUCUGAGUGAGUUUGCAUAACUUCCCUCAGAGAUGAGCCUCGUUCACUCAUGAGUGAGUUGCUGUAACAUUGUUCAGAGAUGAGUCUUCUUUGUUUCUGAGUGAGUAAUAUUCAAGAUUCGAUUCGAAAAAAUAUCCGAUUCGAUCCUGAAAUAUCACGUAUUGGAAAAUGACUAGACAUUAUACAAAGAAUUCAUUUAAAAAAUUCUCUUAAUUUAUAGAUUAGAAUUGAUUUUCUCCGGGUGGAAUAUUUCAUUGUGAAACUUUACGAGGAAAGAUUUUUGCGUGUAAUUUCCCUUCUUAUUUCUGUUCCAACUAAUUUUACUUCAAUUUCUUUAUUAAUUUGUUUUUGCUAUUAAGUAGCACUACUUUAUUCUUUUUUAGUUAAUACCUAGGAAUGCAUUAGCCAAACUUAAACGUUAAGUUAAACGUAUGGAGCUGAUUAUUUUCAAACUUAAUUUUCAACUAAGCCAUAGAACUGUUUUUACAUAUGUAUUGCUAAUGUAGUAUUUCCAUAUUUUCACAUUUUCAAAACAAGUCUCUACACGGAAAGCCUCUGGUAUUUUCUGUGCCAAUUUAUUUGAAAUAAGUCUGAAACCCUUGAUUCAACUUAGCCAACUGAACUGAAUGAGUGAUUUGCCUAGACGGGUUUCUCGAAAACGUGUUAAACCCUAAUAGGUUAUCUAGCUUAGCGAUAUUUUGAAGGCUUGAAAUUAGUUUGUAGAAUGGGUACUCCCGUAGUGUGUGUACCAGGUUAGGGUUACGCCAUAAUUUUCUUCCAAUUUUCCCUAUUUUCUUCUAUUACGAGUUCGGGGACUGUCUAUGUUAGCCAGGUGAAUAUACCCCCUACCCAUAGGCUUUAGUCCCUUUUACUUGAUGUAAAGUAGGCGAACAAAAUUAGUUACCUCCAUAUUGGUACACACUCUUACCCAUAUUUGCAAGUUAAGUAUUCUAAACCGUUUCGACAUAUUUCAAACUUGCUUUUCAACUCAGACCGUUUCAAAUUCCAACUUCGAACCACUUGCGUAGAAUUACUCGAUUCGUUUAUGUUUGCAAGUCCGAUAUUCCAAAUCGUUUACUUUAUUUACUUUAUAUUACUUGAUUACCGAACUCAAAAACUAAGUUGUUUUAGUGAAAGACUAAGCUGUAUUGGAAUCUAUAUCCACCACUUCUUCCAGCGUGUAAUAAAUUGAGUAGGCAAUGUCUCUUCAAACCUAUAAUAACUUUAGUGACUGCUAGUUACAGCUGAAGGCUAUCAAUAUGCCGUAUAACAAAUUAAACCCGGCAGCAUUUACAGCUCACUCACGCUCAAAACGUCCUUCGGUCAAACUAUGUUGUUACAAACACCAUUAUUUCAAAUUUCAUGUAAAUUUCUGUUUUUUUUUUAUUGCAAUGUACAAACAUAAUUAUUUAAACUGCACUUUUCAUUUAUUUUUCAACUUAUUUUUUGAAAUAAUAAAUUUUGAUGCG